AUGUCAUUUGAGAUCAAUUGGGAACAUCUAGUAGGCGAUGGAUCCGUUAAUGAGUCCAUUAAACAAUUCCUUGAUAAGCAAUUCAGCGACUUAGUGUUGCCCUCGUACAUAAAUGAUCUCUCAGUGAAAGCCUUUAGUCUAGGAACAAACCCUCCGGAAGUCACAAUACGGCACAUCGGAGAUCCCUUUGAAGAGUUCUAUAAAAAGGAAGAUGACGAAGAUGAGAAUACUAACAGUAAUGUCAACAGCAAUAGCAAUAACAAUAAUAACAAUAGCAAUAGCAACAAAGAAGUUUUCCAUGUAGAGAGCGAUUCAGAUUCAGACUCUGAUGACGAAGGUGAGGAAUACGACUUACAAGACUUGAGUGAAGAUCGAGAGAUCAGAAGCAAUACUACUAUGGGAGGCCCAGGAGAUCGUGAAAUUCAGAAUCAAAUCAAACAAGAGGAAAGCCUGGUCCAGGCACUGAUACAAACAGGAAGUAGCGGAGACCCAACUACAGGACUUUUAAAUGGUCUUAACUACAGCAUGAAUAACCUUGGAAUAUUAAAUAACAUAAAUAGAUCAGAAACGCCUACAAACAUCUUAAGCCACCCCCAAAACCCGUACUCUAGUACCCUAAUGCAGAGGAAAGCUGUAAGUGAUGUCAACAACAGUAAGAGUGACAACGAUAUCCAGUUCAUAGCAGAGAUCAAGUACCAGGGCGAUCUUCAUCUUGAAAUUAACGUGAAUUUGCUAGUAAAUUACCCUUCUCCAAAUUUCAUCACAUUGCCUAUUAAGUUACAUGUAACUGACUUGAACAUCCAUUCCAUUGUGGCCAUUGCUUACUUGUCUAACUCGGUCUUUUUAUCGUUCUUAUGUGAUAUAGAUGACAACAACUCGAUGGACUACUUCAAUACGAACCAUGGCGCCAGCAAUCCUUCUGGUGGUAAUUUCGUGGAAUACUUUUCUGGUGGACAGCAAGAGAGAAUUGACAUUAUCAAAAGAGUUAGAAUUGAGAGUGAAAUCGGUGAAGUUGAGCAAAAUGUUUUAAGAAACGUAGGAAAAGUGGAAAAGUUCUUGGUUGAACAGCUAAGAACCAUACUCAGAGACGAGGUGGCAUGGCCCAGUUGGAUCUGCCUAGAUAUGGGUGAUGGAGAUGAAAGCGAUGACGAGUGA